AACCUUUGAAUUUCCUAGAACCUUUGAACAAUUUCAAGUUCAAUUUACUUAUCAAUGAUUUAACGAAACAAAAAAAUAAACUAAAAACAAUGAAGUGCAUUAUUGUUUUAGCCACCAUUUUCUGUCUGUUGAAUGCCUCUUUGGCAUCCAGUAGCCACCAGAAAGGUGAAAAGGCUCAUUCUGCUGUCAUUUCUCAUGUUGCUGAAAAAUUGGAAAGUGUUGGAAUGAUGAAAUCGAAUAGAGCUCAUUUGGAAUGCUAUAAUGGAUUUUUGCCAUUGAUCAACUCAUUGGCACUCAAAGCAAAGGAAAACUCCAAUAUUUGUGUAAAAGAUGGCGAUAAGGAAAAAGAUAAAGCAAUUGCUCAACUGAACCGUACAGAUAUUGCAGCAGAAAUUAAAAAGAUUACUGAUUCAUUGGAAAAUUGUUCUAACCAAAAAGGAUUGGAAUACUUUGUGUGUCUGAAAAAUAAUGCUGAAACUAACAGACAGCUAAUGGAAUUCAUCAAACACAAAUCUAAACUGGUUAUUUCAGAAAAUGCUGCUUUGGUUCAUCUAAUAGAAUCUGAAGAACACAGUUGCGUUAUCGAAGCAGUGAAUAAGGCUAAAAGAGAAAGUGAUCAAGCUUUCGGUGAGCUUAAAUCUUGCAUCAAAGGCAAAACAAAAUUUGAGGAAUAUAGUUCAGAUUGAUUCAGUGAUUUAUAAAAUUUGUCAGAGAGAAAUAAAAAUACGGUCAAAAAGUAUAAA